AUGGGAAUCUGCAUGAGCUUUAUUUCGGGAAGCUUUGCUAUUAUAACAUACUGCGGGCUAAAAAUUUGGUCGACGCUAAAAGCAGCACCUAUGAGCAAAAAGACCAGGAAGUUGCAGCUGAGUUUAUUCAAAGCCCUGCUUGUCCAGACUUUAAUACCAACCAUAUUUGAAUAUGCCCCAUCCGGUGUGGUAUUAUUAUGUCCCAUUGCUGCCCUCCCAAUAGAUACAACAUUUGUUACAGUAUCUUUCGGGAUUUAUUCCUUUGUUGAACCAAUUGCCAUGAUCUAUUUUGUGCGGGACUACCGGAACGCGAUACUACGAUAUGUUCCGCAUUGGGUCCAAAUGCAAGUAACACCUGCCACAAUCUAUGAGAGUACAAGCGCCCAUCGGACCGAUUCUAUGUCUGGCGCAAAAACCCUCGCAAAAGUUGACCCGAACGAGGCUUCAAAGUAU